UUAAGUGGCAGCCCCACUCUCUCUCUCUCAGUGUCUCUGCUGCUUCAGGAGCAACAAAUUCUGAUCUGGGAUGUUGGGAACUCUCUGAAUCCGCUGGUUGUGUUUUCCCCCUGCCGGUUCUGGUUCUGUUCCUUCCGCAGGAUGGGUUCUAUCAUAACUUAGCUGUUCCAGACCUGUUGGAGGACUGCUUGCACGUUUCCACGCACCGGUUCGGACAUGGAGGACCUGAUCCGGCUCUCCGACCAGGACCUGCAGAGGUUCGGGAAGGAGGACCUGAUCCGGACGCUGCGGGCUCUGCAGAACCGCAGCACGGAGGUGAUGCUGGAGCACGGGAAGCUGAUGAAGGACGUGAACCGCAGCCUGCAGGUCCACCUGCAGGAGAUCCGGAGCCUGAAGGAGGUGAACCAGAAGCUGCAGGAGGACAACCAGGAGUUGCGGGAGCUCUGCUGCUUCCUGGACGAUGACCGGCAGAAGGACCGGAAGGUGUCCCGGGAGUGGCAGCGCUUCGGCCGCUACACGGCCGGCGUGCUGUGGCGGGAGCUGGGGCUGUACCAGCAGAAGCUGACCGAGCUGGAGGCCGGGCAGGAGGCUCUGUGGGCGGAGAACGCCGAGCUCAAGGAGAUCGUCCUCAUGCUGGACGAGGAGAGGAGCGGAGCCGGGUCCCGGAGCUCCAUCGACAGCCAGUCCAGCCUGAGCGGACCGGUGCCGCCCCGGGACGGAGGCGACGGGAGCAGCGGGGGGAGUCCGGACCACCAGACCGCCUACCUGAAGGGCUGCGGGGGGAAGGCGGGCCCUCUGCGGCGCUCCGUGGACGAUCUGUCCGCUCAUGGAGGCACCGAUAUAUCAGAGUGCUACAUCAGAGAGCUAGAGAACAAGGUGAGGAUCCUGGAGGAUGAAAAGAAACUGCUGACAAUGCAGAACCAUCCUCGGACUCCCAGUGGAGAACUGUCCCCCACAGGGUUCUACCUGCCUCUGGCACAGAAACCCGAAGCUGUGGUCCAUGCCAUGAAGGUGCUGGAGGUUCAUGAGAAGCUGGACAGUCAGAACUCCAGGGAAUACAAUGAAGACCUCAACGAUAAGGAGAAAGCCAUCGUCAGAGAGAUGUGCAACGUGGUUUGGAGAAAGCUGGGCGACGCUGCAGGCACCAAGCUCUCUGUUCGACAGCAGCUGUCAGGAAACCAGCUCCAAGAUCCGGUCCAGUAGGAGAACCCACCACCAAACCCACAGCAUGAUCCUCAAACGGAUGCAGUCGGGGGAAAUGGACACACCUUUAACUACACAAAUGCACAAAGUUUCAACAGUCCUGGACAGGAUGCUGAAACGGCUCGCUGAUGCCACCAUGUGGAUUUACUGUGUAAAUACAGUUUUAAAUCGGUAUAUGUUCAGAUCCAUCCACAGUCUUCCACUUUCCUGAGAUCUCAGAGGUAAGCGGUCCAAGGCGUCCUUCUCCCUACUGACUCCAGAUCGCUUGGACCCUUCAUUGGGUUCUGGGUCUCCCUUCAUCUCUAUCGACGACAUCCUCCUCUACAACUGGAUUUCCCCCCAUAAACUCAGAGGGGACCUCUAAGGGAGCCGAUUUCAGUCUAACUUGGUAAAAACCAGCCCCUUUCUCUACGCUUUGCUUCCCACAAAGAGCCUGAGCCAUCGGCGGCAAUUCAGAAACGAUCGCUAAUGGCUAACGGUCGGCCGUGACGUAUGCAAUGCGCCAGUAUCGCCCCAAUGAAGCUCAUCGGAAGUUGCCUGCUUUUUAUUUUUAAACAGCCGUCCUCCAUUGUGAAGAGAAACGCAUCGAGCUGAACGAGACGGCUGUGAAUGUUAGCUUAAUAUCUGGAAACAUGGCCCACACGCACUGAAGGGUUCCGUUCACUUCCUCUGCUAAAACUACAGACAGACUACAACUGUAAAACAGCGCAGAAAAUCGACGUCAUCGUUCUCGACGUCUUCUGUUCGCUGAUUGGCCGGUUGGAAUGCUAAAUUCUAAAUCCGAAGCUUCAUAUUUCAGCUUCACCAGGACAGACUGGAGAAUUGUAUUCAUGAAGAGACAAAGCUGUGAUUUAUCUGCCUGUUUUCUGCGCCAUUCUGCAGUCACGCAGAACCACAGCAUUCAAAUUUUUUUAUUUUUUUAAUUUUAGAACCACAGCAUUCCCUAGGUUUCCACAGGCCAUAGUGACGUCGGCUCGUCUGGCGCCGCCAUUUUGUUUGACAGUUAACGACACAAUAUUUGGGCCAGACUAAGAUUUAGUUUUAUUCUUAAUUACGAGAAUUAAGUCACAAUUUUAGGGGAAUUGAGUAGUAAUAAAAUAAAAGUACCUAACCCAAACUUUUUUUUCUAAUUUUUUUUUAACUUCCCUGCUAAUAUUAUGACUGCAUAUUCUCAUAAUUAAACAAAAAUUCUGGUAGCCUAGCCUUAAUACUAAAAAAAGGGGAGGGGGGUACUUUUUGGUAAUUUAUAAUUUCUUUUUUUCUUUUUUCGAAAAGAAAGCAAGGGGAUCAAAUCAAAUUGGAAAUUGCAUCUGGUAAAAAAUCGGAGAUUUAAUUUUCAUACCAUAUCACCCAGCCCUACGCAGAAACAACACACUCUCUGUGUACCUUGUUAGGUACACCUUUUCAGUUGCAUGCAGAGGAGAAUGGACAGACAGUGUUGAGAUAUAAAGGCGAUAUUAGGUUGAAUAAUUGAUUAUUACUUCAGUGAAUACACCCAGAAGGAGAAGUUCACCUUUAAGUCUCAACAGAAUCACAUCUUUGGCAAACAUGAUGAACUGUCCCAGCCAUGCUGCAGCUUUUCCUUCCAUCUUAGCACAAUGUUUGACGUCUUUUAACAUGGCUGGCUAAUGCAUAUCCUCUAAAUAGCAAGGACCUUUAAUUCAUCUACAUCAGAGGAAUAUGAAAGCAUGUUUUUGCUUCAAAGUAAUUUUUUAAAAGAAUCUCUUCUUAGAAAUUUCAGUUGCCUACAGCUGAAAUAAAGUUGCUGUCUGUUGCUUGUUUGUGCAGAACUGAAAUUAGAGGAUGAUGUGGAAAAUCUCAACAAAAUCAGUGCAAACACUUUCUAAUAAUCCAAUUAUUUACACUGAUUUGUUCCCCAAACUCCUGAGCAACCUCAGAUAUAAAUGCUUUACCUUGAGCCUGAUCUGACUGAGGAAACAGAGGAUCAGUUUUCCACAAAGUUUGUUGUUAAUUUGAUCCCACUGGUGUUUAAGAGUAUGUACUAUGUGCUCCCUUUCUGUCAGGAGUAGAUACGCUGCCUUAAUGUAGAUUUUACAGCUUAUAUAUCUGUUAAGUAAAUGGAGUUUAGCUGGAUUUUAAACCUGCCCACAGUGAUUCAGAGUUUUCUGUCUAAAAAUAAACACAAUACUUUAAAUUAGGUUUUAUGGUCUGAAAUAAAUGCUUUUGUUUGUAAGUAAAAAACGAGACGAGCACAUUUUAUUGUAUGGAUUGGUGGAAAAGAAAAACAUUAGAAACAGCUGGUUUCUGUAUGUGUGUAUGUAGCUGCAGAUGUAUUUUAGCAAACCUGUUAUUCAUGAGAAUAGCUUAAGAAAAUGAAAAUACUUUUAGAUGAAUAUUAAAUUUUUUUUUAUAAAUGUGUGCUGCUUUAUUGCUUGUUUAAAUU